GACGCGGAAUCCAGGCAGAAGAGUGAACUGGAAAAGAAGGGAGAGGAGAUUCAAUAUCUGCUAGAUGCAGUAAAUAAUUUGGAAAGGAGUCGACUUGAUGACAGAGACAAGUUACUCGACUCCGAGAAGCGAUGUCUACAGACGGUGAAGGAACUCGAAUCCUCCAAAAGAUCUAUGCGCCAAAUGGAGUGCGAAGUGAGUCGCCUGCGAGCUGCCCAGGUAGAUAGCGAAGAGGAUAUUGCUCAGCUGACUGAACUUAAACGAAAUUUGGAGAAGGAAAUUGAAGAAAUGCGGGCGAGCAGACAACUGGACGACCAGUUUGCAAAGAAGGUGGAACAGUUGUCUGCAACCUCGGACAAAAUCACUUUCGAUUUAUUCCGUAAAAAUGAGGCCUACAAUGCCAUUCAGGAGGUAGUGGCAUCUGUUAAGAAGGACUUCCAGGUUUACGAUAAAAGAGGAACCUUCCUCGACAGAAAAUUGAUAAUUACCCUGGAUGAAUUGCCUCCUCUUCUUCAGGAGUCAACUUCAACCGAUAGUUUUCCAAUUGCGACUGUAAAAAUUACUCAGAGCCGUAGGUCUGCGUGUGGUUUCAUCAUCAAUGGUCCUGUUUGCAAACAAGUGGCCUAG